GCUGGAGUUGAUGCGGCCACAGGCUGCAGUAUUUAUAACACGUGAAGCCGUCGCUGAAGCGGAGUUCCGCUGCUUCCAGAGAGCCGCUCAUCCACCGCUGGAGACCUCACUCUGAUCCCGGUGGGACUGUAUCCUGACGAUGGCAGAAAGCUCGCAGUGUUUCUACUGCCGCGAGGACCUCGGGGGGAAGAGGUUCGUCCGUAACGAGGGGAGGCCGGUGUGCGUUCGCUGCCACACAAAGUUCUGCGCCAACUCCUGCGCCGAGUGCCACCGUCCCAUCUCUGUGGAAACAAAGGAGCUCAGCCACAAGGGCCGAUACUGGCACGAGGAGUGUUUCCGCUGUGCAAAGUGUUACAAGCCUCUGGCUAAGGAGCCCUUCAGCACCAAGGAUGACCGCAUCAUGUGUGGGAAGUGCUGCUCCAGAGAGGAUGCUCCACGCUGCCACGGCUGUUAUAAACCCAUACUGGCGGGAACAGAGAGCGUGGAGUACAAAGGGAACUCGUGGCACGACGAGUGUUUCACCUGUUACAGCUGUAAACGACCAAUAGGAUCCCAGAAUUUUCUCUCCAAAGGAAGUGACAUUUACUGCAGCCCCUGCUAUGAUGACAAAUUCGCCAAACACUGCGUGAGCUGCAAAAAGCCUAUAACCUCUGGAGGAGUGAACUACCAGGACCAGCCGUGGCACAGCCACUGUUUCGUGUGCAGCUCCUGCGCAAAGCCUCUGGCAGGGACGAGUUUCACCAACCACCAGGAGCAGGUCUUCUGUGUCGACUGCUACAAGACCUCCGUGGCCAAGAAGUGCAGCGGCUGCCAGAACCCCAUCACAGGUUUUGGUAAAGGGGUGAAUGUGGUGAACUAUGAGGGCAGCUCCUGGCAUGAAUACUGCUUCAACUGUAAGAAGUGCUCCCUCAGUUUGUCCAACAAGCGUUUUGUAGCCAAGGGAAAAGACAUCCUCUGCACUGACUGCGGCAACAAGUAAAGACGGACGACUUUAUGCCUGUUUCAAAAUGAUGUAAACCUAUUCCCCUGCAUUCUUCUCCUUUCUAUCACCAAGCUGGCCUUCACUCCCUGUCUGCUCCAGCAUUAUACCCACUCUGAUAAUAAUGUGAAUAAUGAAAUAAAAUAAAGUAAAUAAAUAAGGUGAUAGAGAGUCUACAGUGCUCCCCUUGGUAAAGCAAAUGUGUUUGGCGACACAUCAGACCAUGACUCUGCUGGAGGACGGGUUAUUAAAAUAAUAAUAAUAAUUUUAAAAAAGAAUAAAAGGAUGUAACCUAACCUGUUUUGUUUUUUACAUGCAAGCAAGAAUCGUAUUUCAAUAUUCUGUUUAUUAUCCAGCUGAAAUCUUGGAAGAUUAAUUGAUGGGAAUACUGUAACCUGCUCUGAUGUUAAGUGACGUCUACGUCUGAAAAUGAGAAACUCUGAGUCCGGCAGCGGCCCGUGUCAGACUUGUAUUACAUUAAAAUGUGUGAGCUGGUGUUUUGAACCACAAGUAACAAGUUUUUACAGGAGGUGACGCGGUCAGCCUUUUUUCUCUGUCCAAAUGUAAGAGAACAGUAUUUUUACGAACAGCUUCCUGACUCUGUUGUUAGAGCUGCAUCAUUCAUUCUUAUUCUGCUAAAGAUAACCUUCAUUUACUGUGUUGUUAAAAGCCCAGAAAUCAAUGCGUGUCGUGUUGCAGUCGGUAAAUGAUAAAAAAUAAAUCUCUAAGGUUGCUUAAAUUGCAGCGUUUAAUUCUUCAUGUGUCUGUAUUUAAGUUUGAACUGCUAAUUGAUAUUUGCUUGUUGUAUUUUUUACAUAAAUAAAAUUUGUAACCCUUUCACUUCUAAAUAAAGAUAAAAUCUGAAUAAAUGUUGCAUGUUUCUGUGAAGAUCAAA